AUGACUUAUUGUUCAUUUGAUAAAAGAACUAAUAAAUUACUUUUCACCAUUAAACAGUAUACUCAUACUCCAAAAAUAGUUAGAUAUGUUCAAAGUAAUUAUGUUAGAACUCCAAUAUACGAGGAUUUAGAAAAACGUUUUAUUCUGUCUAUCAUUGAAAAGAUUUCAAUAAUUCCAGAAUGGCGAAAAAAGGAAAUAGAAUUAGAAAAAAUUUUAAAUUUGAUAAACGCUACAAAGCGACGCAAGCGUUUUUCAUUUAUCGGUUAUAAUAGUAAAAAACAAGCUUCACUAAACAAGCAAACUAAUAAAGAUAAUAGAGAAUGGAAUGCAAGGCAUAAAAUAAAAAUUGAUCAAGAAAAUUCUCUUCUUUCAAAAGAAAUAGAAUCAGAACAAUUUUCCCGUUAUAGUUUUGAUAAAAAGAGUCAAGGGAUAGUUGCUUUUAUUAGUGAUUAUGAUUAUGUUUCUCUCUCUUAUUUAUUGUCUCGUCAACCCCAAAGAGAAUUUCCGUUAAUUAUUCUUUUGGAUGGCAUUGGGGAUCCUCACAAUUUUGUGCCAGUUAAUAGCACCGUCGUUAAAGUUUCGAUAGGGGGAGUAGCUCACGUUCUAGUUUGUCAG